CCUAUUCAUACGAAUAAUUAUUCGUGCAAGGAAUUUGUAAACUACAUCAAUUGAUGACUAGCAACCAUGUCGGCGUCGCAGGUCAUCACUAGCAUACAGCAGCUAGAGUCGCUCAUAUUUCAUAACCACGAUGAUCCGCGGCCAGUCGUGGUAAUGACUUGUGGGAUAGCGGGAUCCGGGAAAUCAACACUUUCUCACACCCUUCUCGAAGCUCACCCGACCAUCACUCGUCUCUCGAUCGACGCACACAUUCAUGCCCACCAUGGUCUCUGGAACAUCCACUAUCCAGCCCAACAAUACGAACCAUACCAACUCGAAGCCGAAGACUCGCUGCGUCAACAACUUAGCGAUCUUCUUCAAGAAGCGGUUCAAAAGAAGAAUACUACAUAUACAAUUCUUGAUUUCUCAUUCGCAUUCAAAGAAAGCCGCGAUGAAUGGAAGCAAAGAGUUGAGGAAAAUGGGGGGAGGUGGAUCCUCGUAUAUCUAGAUGUUGAAAAUGAUGAAAUCAGACGGAGAGUAAAGGAGAGAAACCGGCUAAGAGAGAGCGGUGUCAGAAGGGAUGCAGAUUCCGCGUUCGAUGUUACGCCAGAAAUUCUGGAAAUGUACUUUCAGGGAUUCGAGCGCCCGGUAGGAGAGGGGGAGAUCAUUUUAAGGCUUUAGUUAGUAAUUCUCUUCUUUU